AAUUAUCAGUGUAUUUUUGAAGAAACAUAUCGAGAUUGCACCGAGAUUUGGGAUUUAUAUACGAAGGCAAAAGAUUUUGACUUUGCUAAAUACAAAAUUAUUUUUUAUAAAUUUAAGAGUGAAAAUCUCCUAAAUCACCUAUUAUAUAAAAUUUGUGAAAGUCUGAGUUUUGGUUCAUAUCUCAUAUUAAUCCAUAUAUUAGGUUAUUAUAAUAUUUUUAAUAAUGAUGAACUUAUUUUUCUUACACAAGAUACUUAUAGUAAGGAUAAAAGGCGAACAAACAUUUUUUUUCAAAGUUUUUUUACUAAAGAGAAACUUUCAAAGAUUUAUUUUAUGAUGACACCGGAGAAUAAAGAAAUUAAUAAUUUGUUAUACACUCUUAUUUUCAAAGAAGCUGAGAAGUAUUUUAGUAAUUAUAAAAAGAGGGGUAAUAUGAAUAUCGAAUUUUUUAAUGAUAUACAAGAGUUUUUUAAUUUAUAUUUAGGCCAUAAUAACAUGACUUUAAAAAACUAUUAUAACAUCUUACUUGAAAAUUCACAAUUUAUAACUUUGUCAGGUGAAGAAAUAAUGACAAAAUUAUUUGAAAGUGUGGCAUUACUAACUAAUUUAGAUGUUAAAUACAGUAUAGGACAUAGAAUUGUUUAUUUUGAGAAAAAAAAUGCGCAGGAAAUGUUUAAAGAAUUAAAAGUGACGAUUUUGAAAUUUUUGUUGAAAGUUAAAAUAAAUGAUUUUUAUUAA